AUGAAGUUUCUAACCAGAUUUGUGAUCCUGCUUAUAUUUUCACUAGUAGGUUUUCGCCAGUAUCAGCACUACUGUGAAGACAAUUCUGCUGCCUUUUGCCAGUUCUCAUCACCCUCGGACUAUGUAUGGUACCAACAACAUGUUACUCCUUGGUGGAACGAGCGAGCCAGCCCUUAUGUGGAGCAAUACAUAAAGCCCUGUGUGUUGAAAGCACAGAAUUAUCGUGACCAAGGGAUGGAGUGGAUAGUGCCCAAGGCUCAGCAAGCGUUUUACACUUCCAAGGAUGUCUUCGACACGAAGGUUUAUCCAACCUUGUACCAGUGUUACAAGACUUCUAGCUUCAAAUGUCAGCUUUAUUAUAACGUACAUGUCGUUCCCAGAUUUAGACACCUACAGAACCAGGUUGCCAAAUGGAUUCAUGGGCAUCCAGCUCUGCACCAAUACUUACAAGCCCUACAGCUUUUCUCGAAGUCCGUAAUGGAGUGUACAAUGGCGUCUUGGCGCUACUUGACUCGCACCCUCUCGGAAUUGAAAGCAUUCAUCAAGAGUGUAAAAUUUGAAGACAUCACAGAUGGGGAUACCAAAGAUCAUGAAAUCUUUAGCGAAGAUACUAACCCUACGAUUGAAGGCGAAACAAACACUCCAGAAACAUCAGAUGAGACUGAUACAGAAGAUUAUGACGAAGACUAUUACGAAGAGGAGACAAUCUUUAUCACUUCGACGGUUUUGGAAACAGUUACGCUAUCUGAUGAUCGAUUCCAGAUGACUCCAGCUUCUGCAUCUGCUCCAGAAGACACGCAAGAAGCUUCAUUAGAUAUUCCCAUCACUGAGCUGGUUCAAGAUGAGUUUCAAGCGUGGUCAAACACAAUUGAAAGCAAGGCGAACAACACAAUUGAACAAUUUGAUCAAGAAAUUCAGUCAUUCGUAAAGGCGAAACUUGAAGAAGUUCACCCUCGUAUGAUUAAAACUUUACAAGAUAUUUCGAAUUCUACCCAGGAAUACUAUCAGAAGAUUAACUUGGCAAUUUUAGACGUCGAAUGCACACCAGCAGUUGAUCCGACAACUGGUGAGCAUAUAUACUUCAAUAGAGCAGGCACUCAGCUUCGCGAAUAUAUCACUCGGCCCCUGAUGCGAGAGUACUUUUCUGCCACUCGUGAUCAUUUAGAUCAGCGAAUCGAGCAUGUUAAAAAUGAGCUGGAAAGGAUUGUGGCCGAGGUCAAUAGUGCAGUGGAAGAUACAAGGCAAGAACAUCUGGAGGUAUAUGAGGAAUGGGGAGAUGUUAUGGUGAGUGAGUGGUCCAAGCGAAUGGCCUACGUUGAUGUGGUAGCUGCCAUGGAUGAUGAAAACAUGGACGAACAGCAACAUGAAAACUGGAAGAGUUUUCUCAGGCUCAAAAAGCAGGUAAUACACACGCGUGAUUCGCUAAUGGAACAUCCUGCCAAACUCGAAGACUUAGAGAAGUUCUUACGGGAAAUUCAAUUCACUCUUAAGGCUCUGCAACGGGAGUCUGGUGAAUAUCUCUAUAUUUUGAGAAGCAAGGCGAACUUAGCUUUCCAAGCUCGAGAGAAACUGGAACGUGAGCGUGAAGAAGAGGAAAGGCUAGAUCGUGAGAGGCAGAAACAAGAGAAGGAAGAAAGUGAAAGACUGAGCGUCGAGAUGCUACUUAGUAGCAUAAACACUAAAGAUCCACAACCUGAAGAACUGGUAGAUGAUGAAAUUCCAAUGCAUACUACCGAAAAUACAGAAAUACAGUCUUAG